AUAUAUAUAUAUAUAUAUAUAUGAUCUUGUGUAUAUAUAUUGUGUAUGUAUAGUGUAUGUAUAGAACAAAACCAGACUUUGCGUCCAAGCAACCUAGUUGUUUUUUUCUACACAACUAAUAUAAUAUUCAUUAUUUAAUUUUCUUGCAUGUAUAUAUAUAAGUAAUAUAAUAGUUGAAGAUAGAAUUCUUGAUUUUUCUCUUAGCUUGUUAAUUUAUUUUCUCUAGGUUUAAUUUUCAGAGAGGAGAUCUAGGUGGAGAAAGUUCUAGAAGAAAUGAAAUGGUGUGAUGAUCAUAAUAACAAUAAUCGAAUCAGGACCGUAAUCUGCCCUUCGUGCGGCCACACCGUAAAGCUCCAAGAUCAGACUGGAGUUCAAGAUUUGCCUGGACUACCUGCUGGUGUGAAAUUUGAUCCAUCUGAUCAAGAAAUUCUUCAACAUCUAGAAGCCAAAGUGUUCUCCGAUACCCGGAAAUUACAUCCUCUUAUCGACGAAUUUAUUCCGACUAUCGAGGGCGAAAAUGGAAUUUGCUACACUCAUCCAGAAAAGCUACCAGGAGUGAAAAAAGAUGGACAAGUACGACAUUUUUUCCAUAGGCCCUCAAAGGCGUACACGACGGGGACUCGUAAACGAAGAAAAGUCAACAGCGACAACACCAUAGACGGAGGCGAAACAAGGUGGCACAAGACAGGCAAAACUAGGCCAAUAUUCGUUUCGACAGCUGGAUUAUUAUUAUUAUCCGAAAAAAAUAAUAAUAUUAUCAAAGGCUACAAAAAAAUACUCGUACUCUACACAAACUACGGGAGGCAAAGAAAACCCGAGAAGACAAAUUGGGUGAUGCACCAGUACCACUUGGGCGAUAACGAAGACGAAAAGGAGGGAGAAUUAGUCGUCUCGAAAGUGUUCUACCAAACGCAGCCUCGGCAAUGCGGCGGUUCGUCGAACGUCACGAAAGAUGCAAUAGUUAUUAGUAGUAGUAGUAAUAUAAUUAAAAACGCGAGUUUUGUGGAGUACUAUGAUCGUAAUAGUACUACUUCGUUUAUCUCGUCUAUACAAUAAUGCCGUGAUCGAUCGAUGCUGUUAGUUGAGAAGAUGGAUCGUCGUUUAUUCGUUUGCCUUCGCAUGCAAGCAAAGGCAAAUGAGGAAAAUACUUAUAGAUUUGGAUAGAUAGAUAUAGACUAUAUGUAUGUAUAGGUUAUUACAAUGAAGAAGGCACUUUUGUUGCUUCUUCAUGUGGAAAUAUAUUAAGGUUGAUUUAUAAGGUUUAUUCAUUAAUUAAUUAAUU